UGCCGAUUAUUAUUUUUUGCGGAGAAGGCAAUGAAUGACAUAUGACAUCGCUGUGGCUGGAAGUAGAAGUCCAGAGAGCAACCUGGGGGUGUGAACGAAGCCAAUAUCAAUGAUGCCGAAAAGAAGGGCUUGAAGCGGAUGGAGGGAUUCAUCCAGACAGGAAGUGCUUAUGCUCAAGAACAUGGAACUCGACCGGCGACGAUAGGAUUCGUGCUGGCAUCCAAUCCCCUGGCAUUGCUUGCUUGGAUUGGUGAGAAGUUCAUUCAAUGGACGGAUGAGACGCCGUUUUUAGAAGACAUUCUUGAUGAUGUGACGUUGUACUGGUUCACUCAGUCCUUCCCACGUUGCAUCUAUAUCUACCGAGAAUACCAUGGCGAUCCUGGCGCCCAUACGCCACACGGUGACCCAAGGUUCCGCAGUGAGAAGCCUGUCGGAUACUCCUGGUUCCCACAAGAGCUGGCACCCAUUCCGAAAGCCUGGGUUGAGCGUAUGGGUAAUCUCGUCUGGCACAGGCAACAUGAUUCCGGUGGUCAUUUUGCAGCUCUGGAAAAGCCGGAGGUGUUGAUGGCAGAUGUUGAGGACUUUGCCAAACAAGUUUGGCAGCGCAAGAUCUCGUUACCGGGCUGGUCAUCGAGUGUCAACAACAAUGACGUGUAGCCAAAGACGCAGACCGCACAUGACAAGAUGCCUGAGGUGGUGGCGCGAGGCUGCGGUGGGAAAGGGGUCGCUGAACAAGGUGAUAGCACCCUGUAUAUCACAUGCCGCAGCUGAGCGGACUACUGAAAGGACACGAAAGUCCCGUAGUAACCACGAUGGUAAAGCCGUUUUCUUGCAGUGUCUAGAGCAAGUUAGCUGGUUUAGUAGAAUUCAUC